AUGGGUGACGUACAAUUGUCCGAGGAGGCUCAGAAGCGGAAGAGUUUGAUAUUAAGAAACUUGCAGGAGGCGCUCGGUGUGGACAAGUUGGAAAAGCAGUUGUCAACAGAUGGAAAGGUCGUACAUGUAUAUUGGGGCACAGCAACGACCGGUAAACCUCACGUUGGGUACUUUGUGCCAAUGCGCAAAAUCGCUGAUUUUCUACAGGCUGGCCUAAAGGCUCUCUUGAUGGCACUGAAUGUCCCGAUUGAGCGGCUCCAUUUUGUGAGAGGAACCACAUAUCAGCUUUCCAGAGAGUACACUUUUGACAUACUCCGUUUGUGUAGUCAAGUAUCACAGCGGGAUGCUCUCAAGGCUGGCGCCGAGGUUGUGAAACAGGUGGAUGGUCAAUUCGGCGGUGUUGACCAACGGAAAAUCUUCAUUCUAGCAGAAGAGCAGUUGCCAAAAUUGAAACUAGGAAAAAGAUGGCACUUGAUGAAUCCCAUGGUGCCCGGAUUAACUGGCUCAAAGAUGAGCAGUUCGGAGGUUGACUCGAAAAUUGACUUAUUAGACAGCCGCGAUGCUGUCGAGCGAAAAAUUCUUGGUGCUGCGUGUCCAAAGCAAGAAGAUGACAACGGAAUUUUGGCUUUCUUCAACUACGUUCUGAUCCCGAUUGUUAGUCCAAACUCUUUGGUUAUCGCAAAUAAAGAAUUUUUCACCUACGAGGACAUCAAGGAAUCAUUUCUAUCUGGUGCUUUGUCUGCUGAGGACUUGAAAAAGUCUCUUGUCGAGUUCCUAAACGAGUUGCUCGUUAAGGUGCAAGAACAUUGUAAAUCUGAUGUCGUGUUGGAUGCCCUUGAAAAAGGCUACAAGGAAGUACACGAGAUCGGUGUUGAGCCACUGCAACCUCGAGUUGUACAGCUCUCUGCGCAAGACCUAUGUCUCGUUAAGAAAAUUGUUGACAAUGACAAGCUGGUCGGAGACGAUGAUACUGCGUUGCGGUCUUGUAUAGCAGAUGGUAGGGCGAUUCGAGUAACGUUCACUAUUCACCCAAAGGGACGAUUCCACCUUGGAUUUUUUAUGGGAUUAUUGAAAAUGAAGUCAUUGGUCGACAAGGGAAUAAACAUAGAAGGGAUUGUUCUGAUUUCCGACAUGGAAGCUUUCCUUGAUAACGAAAAGGUCUCUUGGAAUACCCGUGACGCUCGUAGCGAAUAUUUCUACCAAAUAUGCUCAUUCGUUAUCGACCAACUGGGUUUGAAAGACAAGGUCAGGGCGCUGAAAUCUUCUGACAUGGACUCCGUUUUCUCGAAAGAUUAUGUGUUAAACUUGUAUAAAAUGGCAUCCUCUGUGACUCGCGACGAAACGACGGUCUGUGAAGGGACGUCUUUAUCUGGCAACUUGGUACCACUAUUUUUCGCUCUUAACCAUCAAAUACUCAAGACUGACCUCGCUAUUAUGGGUGAAGAUUCAGUCACAAUUGCUAAUGUUGCCUAUAAGCUGUGGUCCCGCAUGAGGAUACAACCGCCUACGCAGUUGACGUUCUCGCUGCUUCCCGGGUGUGAUGGGAAGAAGAUGUCAUGUUCAAGUCCUGACUUCCUCCUGGAGGCGUUCGAAACACCUAAGCAAAUAAAAACAAAAGUGGCACGAUCGUUUUGUGAGCCGAAAAACAUGAAAGGAAAUGUUGCUAUGAUGUUGGCAGAGCAGUUCAUCUUCCCUCUUCUUAGUGGAUCAAUUUCAGGUCUCGACAUAUUGAGAAGCCCAGAAAAUGGUGGCAAUUUGAGCGUGACAUCAUACGAGGAGUUGAAGCAUGAAUUUACGCAGGGCACAAAUCCAGAUUUUCCUCUUCAUCCUGCGGACUUGAAGAACGCCGUAGUAGGAUUCAUUAACAGGUCAGCUACCAGCUGUCCCUUUUCAUUCAUUUCUUUUUGA